AUGCUCACCAUAGCCAAGACCAUCCAGCAACGGAGCAGUGAACCCAUUACUGCAAUUUUUGAAGCCCACUACUGGAAGAAGGCAAUGGAAAUGGAGAAGCAAAAGCUGUACUCUCCAUACAGUCUCAUAGAAGAUUCUUUGGGGCAGUGCAGGAAUAUUAUGAUCUUGACCAAAAAGAAGAAUGCUAUUAUAUCUAACUACAUUCCCUCUACUAAAUUGNCCCGUAAAAUUGUCCUCUUUGAGCAGGUCCGGUUCCUGAUGAAAAGCUACGCAUUUCUGCGAGAAUCAAUGCCUCCUCUUCUCCAUGCCAGGAACCAAGUUGGGAAGAUAAGCUGUCCUGAAUUCUCAACCUACUUAUAUUUUCUCUUCUGCCCUACUUUGAUCUACAGAAAGAGCUAUCCAAGAGAUCCAUACAUCCGCUGGAAUUACGUCAUCCGAAAACUGGUUGAGUUCCUGGCGGGUGUUUAUUUUCUGAAUUUCCUUCUGAAAUACUACUUCACCCCAUACUUUGGCAACAUACAUAAGCAGCCCUUCACCAUCAAAAUCCAGCUGCUUUCCAUCUUUGAUUCAGUAAUACUGGGACUAUCAUUUCUUUUAAUAAUCAACUAUACCUUCUUGCACUGCUGGCCAAACGCAUGGGCUGAGAUUCUGCGCUUUGCAGACCGUUCCUUCUAUAAGGACUGGUGGAAUUCCACAUCAUUCUCGACAUUUUUUCGGUCAUGGAAUGGGAUUGUACAAGAUUGGCUGUACUGGUAUAUUUAUCAAGAUUUUCUGUGGCUGAUAGGAGGGAGAGCCCGAGCUGGAGCUAUGUUCAUGGUCUUCCUUUUGUCAGCGGUUGCUCAUGAAUACAUAAUCACCUUCUCUUUUGGCUUCUUCUAUCCUAUCCUGUUUGUGUUUUAUGCCAUGAUUGGAGUGUCCUUUCAUUUUGUUCUCAAUGAUAAGAGAAAAGGCCCUUUCUGGAACAUCAUCAUAUUGCUAUGCCUCCUUUUGGGCUCAGCAAUGUUUUUCUCCUUAUACUGCCAAGAGUUGUUUGGACAGAUCCACUGUCCACUCAAGGAGAAAGACAUGAAAGACUCUCAAGAGGUACAUCUUAUCAAGCUAGAUACAGGGGUGAUCAUCACUUGGUCUGGUAGGUCUUCUCAAGCUUUAGCUUUCACAUUCCCUGACAAUUAUCCCUACUGCUUGUGGUCGGUGGAGCUUGAGGUCCCAUUAACCACUGGAAGACUAGCUUUGGAAGGAGAAUAG